GAAGAAAACAGCCUCCUGCUGCUGGAAGCUCAAUUUCCUUUCAAGCUCAGCAGAGGUCCCAGCCUCUGUUUCUUCGGGACUGAGAAAGUACAACAUCAUGUCUGGGCAGCCGAAACUGCGCCAGGAGAAAGGAGACACUAACAGGGAAUUAAGGAAAGUCCUGGUGCAAAUUUAAUUAUGACCGCAGUCAGUUCAAGAAAAACAAGGUGCUUUGACAGGAUGAUCGUCUGCUUGUACUGUGCCAUCUGUAAGUGAAGAAGUCUGAAGACGCUUGUGAAUUCCCGAUUUGUGAUUCCUCUUCCUAGGAGCUCACACAAAGAUGUUAAAAUGGCAUCGGACAUUCAAUAUUCGUGGUCCCUGGAGAAACGGAAAGAAAACUCAACCAACGGAGAAUGAGGUGGUUCUGACCAACAUGAAAAUACUAAGGAGUGAAGCGAUUCCAAGCGAGUGGUUGUUUCCUCACUUCCCCAGGGGGUCGGAGGCAGGGGCAGCAGCCUCCGUUCCUCAGGUGGUCAUCUCGGAAUGCCCAAACAAUGAUUUGAGCCCAACCGAGGUGCCAGAGAAGCCAGGCUACAUGACAGCGCAGGAAAUCCUGGAUCAGCAACCGCAGCAGGGCCAGUUCUCCAAAUUAGAGUGUGAAGAGUCUAGGUUUGAAUUGCACGGAUUGGUCAAUUCUCCAUCUACUCCGACAGAGUCCGAAAAGAGCUUUAUACUUCACAGCAGGGAGUCUUCCUAUGAUUCCGGCAUGCUCAGUGCCUCUUCCUCUCCCAGAACCAGUCACAUAAUAGCAGAAGCCGGGCAGGGUAAUCCAGAGAGCAUCCGGCAAAUCAAGGGCCCCACUGAAGCCGCAGAUCCUGGACUGAAUAGUCCCGCAGUGGGGCUGGAAGACCUCCGGAGUCCCCCGGGGAGAGACAACCCUGACCAUCCUCUGAGCCAAAGCCAGGAAGAGGUUUCUGGAAAGGAAAACAAGGAAAAGAGCUCUGACUCCACUUCAGCUGCAGUUUCCGAAGAGGAAGAAAGAACAAUCCUCAACCAGCAUACAGCCAUCUUGAAUAGUACCCGAUAUCUUCCCGGGCAGCAGUUAAAAAUAUAUCCGGGUGACAGCUUGAAUGAAUACACAAAUGGAUGCCGUAAAUUAAGUGAGAUGAACCAAAGGAAUCCUAAAGCUCUCGAUUUAGGCUUCAGAUAUCUGGAACACGUUUGUCAGUUGAUAGAAAAAAUUGGGCACCUGCAGGAGCACAACCUCAGUCUUCAAAAGCAAAUCUGUGGCUUGAGGAAAGAACUGAAAGUGAAACAAAAAAAUGAGGAGUAUUUUCUGCAGCACUGUUCCUGUGGCACAGCCACUGCCUCGUCCAGCUCGAAAAAGGAGGGGAAAAAAUAUUGGAAUGUGAAGGAGAGACCACACAGCCUCUUGGUUCACAGUGGAAAUCAGUCGGAUCUUUCAAUUAUUCCAGAAAUCGGCAGAAAUGGUGGAAAACAGAGCAGUUACAAUGAUUACACAAUAUGACCUGCUACGACGAAAGAAGCUAGGUUUCUUCUUCAGAAUAUGGAACCCAAAGAUGGUACUGCAGACUUUAAAGAUGCCCAAAUAAUCGUUAUUACAAAGGAAAAGUGAACAAUCUGACAGGGGAACUGCAAUGAUAUGUCAUAAGUGUCUAUCAGUCAAUAAAUGGUAUUUAUUUAGUGUUUACUGUGGGCAGAAACCUGUAUCAAGUGCUUUGGAGAGUACACGAUAGCAGAGUUGGUGGCGAUGUUCCCUGCUGACAACGAUAUACUGUAACCAAGAUCUUGACCAGUGGUUAAAUGUCAUCGAUGUCUAUUGUUCACUCCAUGAAGUCAAUGUGAUUUCAGACUCUAGCAAGGCAUAGUAGACAUGACGUUUUUGCUCACCGGGUGCGGAAGGGAUGAAGAGAAAUGUGGGAUGUUGAUGUAGGAAGAUUUACUUGGGAGAAUUAAAUAGUACUCUAAAUAUAUUGUUUAACCAUUCUAUAAGAGGUUUGAAGACAGUAUAACUAGGUUAUUAUAGGAGAACAAUAACUGAAUAAAAACUAACCUUGUGAAUUAUGAACAAUAAGUUCUUAUUUCAAAGAGAAAAUUCUACCUUAGUUUUGUCAUAUAAGGCAUGAUUAUCCAGCAUCAUCUUCUUCUCAUGGGUGGCAUACCUCCGUAAGUCACGUUCAAACUGCUGUAAAUGUAAAUUAUUAUUUGGAGUCAGAUACUAUUUUAUUGUUUAAUACGUAAUCAUCCUGAGAUACCUAAAGACCAAUGAAUAAACUUACUGUGGUGUAU